GCAGCCCCCCGCAGCCCGCCCUCCAGCCGCCGGCCUUCCCUCCCUCGCUGUCUCCCUCCCACAUUCCCACAUCCGGAGCCCGCAUUGUUUUGGUCGGGGCCGGAGAGGGGCUGCGGCGGCCGGGCCUGCGACCAUUCCAGAGUUUGUGGAUGCACUUAGAUGUUUGCAAUGAGCACUGUGGCUGGCAUGCCCCAGUGUUUUGGAUACCAAUGCAUAGAACUCCAUGGUAAUCGAAUUUAUCAGAAACGAACGUCAUGAGCAUAGUGGUCCCGUUGGGGGUUGACACAUCAGAAACUUCAUAUUUGGAAAUGGCUGCAGGAUCAGAACCUGAAUCUGUAGAAGCUAGCCCUGUGGUAGUAGAAAAGUCAAACAGUUAUCCACACCAGCUAUAUAACAGCAGCUCUCAUCAUUCACACAGUUACAUUGGUCUACCCUAUGCAGACCAUAAUUAUGGUGCACGGCCUCCUCCAACACCUCCAGCAUCUCCUCCUCCAUCGGUUCUUAUAAGCAAGAAUGAAAUAGGCAUAUAUACUACUCCACAUUUUGAUGAGACCUCCAGUGCUACUACUAUCAGCACGUCUGAAGAUGGAAGCUAUGGAACUGAUAUAACCAGGUGCAUUUGUGGAUUUACACACGAUGAUGGAUAUAUGAUCUGUUGUGAUAAAUGCAGUGUUUGGCAGCACAUUGAUUGCAUGGGGAUCGACAGGCAACAUAUUCCUGAUACAUACCUCUGUGAGCGUUGUCAACCUAGGACUUUAGAUAAAGAAAGGGCCGUGUUGCUGCAGCGUAGGAAAAGGGAAAACAUGUCAGAUGGGGAUACCAGUGCAACAGAAAGUGGUGAUGAAGUUCCUGUAGAACUGUAUACUGCUUUUCAACACACACCAACUACAAUUACUCUGACUGCUACACGAGUCACCAAACUCACAGAUAAGAAACGGAAAAAAAGUGGGGAGAAAGAGCAAAACAUCGCAAAAUGCAAAAAGGCCUUUCGUGAAGGUUCUAGGAAAUCUUCAAGAGUUAAGGGUUCAGCUCCAGAGAUCGAUCCUUCUGACAGUUCAAACUUUGGAUGGGAAACUAAAAUCAAGGCUUGGAUGGACCGUUAUGAAGAAGCAAAUAACAACCAGUACAGUGAAGGUGUUCAGAGAGAGGCACAGAGAAUAGCUUCGAGAUUAGGAAAUGGAGAUGACAAAAAAGAUGUGAUCACCAGCAAUUCAGUCUUCAAACCUCCAGUAGAGAGCUAUAUUCAAAAAAAUAAGAAAAUCCUAAAAGCUGCCAAAGACUUGCCUCCAGAUGCACUAAUUAUUGAAUAUCGAGGAAAAUUCAUGCUGAGAGAACAAUUUGAAGCUAAUGGAUAUUUCUUUAAGAGGCCAUAUCCCUUUGUUCUGUUCUAUUCUAAAUUCCACGGACUAGAAAUGUGUGUGGAUGCAAGAACUUUUGGAAACGAAGCUCGAUUUAUCAGACGAUCCUGUACACCCAAUGCUGAGGUCAGGCAUGCUAUUGAAGAUGGAACCAUUCAUCUUUAUAUCUACUCCAUCCAAAACAUUCCAAAGGGAACAGAAAUAACCAUUGCAUUUGAUUUUGAUUAUGGAAAUUGCAAAUACAAAGUGGACUGUGCUUGCCUCAAAGAAAAUCCUGAAUGCCCAAUUCUUAAGCGGGUUUCUGAGCCUACAGAAAACAUAAAUACAGGAUAUGAAACUAGAAGGAAAAAGGGCAAAAAAGAGAGGGAUGCUUCAAAGGAAAAAGAAACUCAAAACCAGAACAUCACUUUGGAUUGUGAAGGAGCAGCUGCCAAAACAAAGUUUCCAGACAACAGGCAGAGGAAGCUUUCUCCUCUUAGGCUGUCCAUCUCAAAUAAUCAGGAGCCAGAUUUUAUUGAUGAUAUAGAAGAAAAAACUCCUGUUAGCAAUGAAGUAGAAAUGGAAUCAGAGGAGCAGAUUGCAGAAAGGAAAAGGAAGAUGACCAGAGAAGAACGGAAAAUGGAAGCUAUCCUUCAAGCAUUUGCCCGUCUGGAAAAAAGAGAAAAAAGAAGAGAGCAGGCUUUGGAAAGAAUCAGUACGGCUAAAACUGAAGUUAAAUCAGAAUGCAAGGAUGCGAUUAAAUCAGAAUUUAAUGAUACUGAAUUUGUUCAGGAACCAGCAAAAGAGGAAACUGCCACUAAGCCAACCCCUGCCAAAGUCAAUCGGACAAAACAAAGAAAAAGCUUCUCUCGGAGUAGAACUCAUAUUGGCCAGCAGCGGAGAAGGCACAGAACUGUUAGCAUGUGUUCAGAUAUUCAGCCAUCCUCUCCUGACGUGGAAGUUAGCUCACAGCACAAUGAGCCUGAAAAUGCUGCACUGAAAAUAGAGCCUGAAGUGGAGGCAACUGUGGCUGAAGUAGUUCCUGAACCAGAAGCCCCAGCACUUAAUAAAUGCCCUACUAAAUAUCCUAAAACAAAAAAGCACUUGGUGGAUGAGUGGAUGAGCGAGAAGAAUGAGAAGACAGGCAAACCUAUAGAUGGCCUUUCAGAAAAGCCACUGCGUAUAACGACAGAUCCUGAGGUUUUGGCUACACAAUUGAAUUCUUUACCAGGUCUCAUUUACAGCCCACAUGUAUAUACAACUCCUAAGCACUAUAUUCGUUUCACGUCACCAUUUCUGUCAGAAAAACGACGGAGAAAAGAACCUGUGGACAACAUUGGCUCUUGUAAGAAGCGAUGGCUAAAGCAAGCUCUGGAAGAAGAAAACUCAGUGGUUGAAGAUAAUUUUAAUUCACCAUCUCACGAAAGAUCUAGAAGUCCUGCCAUCAAUGGUGAAAGUAGAAGCCCCUUAUUGCUGAAUGACAGCUGUUCCUUACCAGACCUCACUACUCCAUUAAAAAAACGGAGAUUAUAUCAGCUGUUGGAUUCUGCCUACUCAGAAACAUCUACUCCUUCUCCAUAUGCUACACCAACUCAUACUGAUCUUUCAGCCUCAGAUCCAAUGUUGUUUGCCACUCCUCCUAGAAUAAAAGCAGAUGACGAAAAUUGUAGGAAUGGCUAUAAGCCCAUUUAUUCACCUGUUACUCCAGUUGUCCCAUGUGUACAUGGAAAUGCAAUGCACUUUGAGAAUAUUUCUUCACCUGAGAGCUCCCCUGAAGUUGUGAGGCGAACAUAUAAUCAGGAGGGAUAUGACCGGUCAUCCUCGGCAGUGCUGACACUCAACCCUUUCAGAAAUUCCAAUCUUACAGAAAUGUGUCUGCAAGAAAUAAAGACUAUUGGCUAUUCCAGUCCAAGGAGCAGGACUGACAGCAGCAGACAGGGCUCUGGAGAAAAAGAAGCCACCUCGGAGCUCCAGUUGGGACUCGAAGCCGUUGAGCAAAGUGCACUGCAUAAAACCCUAGAGCCGCCCGUAACGGAAGCCAACAGCCAACUGGAAACAGCACACUGUGGGCGAGGGACAGUAUAUCCCACCUGGGUAAAGAGUCCUGACAGGACAGGUGUCAAUUUCUCUAUGAAUUCUAAUCUGAGGGACUUAACUCCUUCGCACCAAUUGGAGGUAGGAGGCGGAUUCCGAAUAAACGAGUCAAAGUGCCUGAUUCCAGACGAUGCAAGAGGCAUGUUCAUGGAAGCGCCUGUUUUUUGUACUUCUGAAGAGGGACUUGCGGCUGGCUUUGGGAGGUCUCUUAAUGGUGACAUCUUGAUGGAUGGAAACUGCACACCCCAAAAUCCUCCACAAAAGAAAAAGGUGUCACUUCUAGAAUAUCGUAAGAGGCAACGAGAAGCCAGAAAAAGUGGUUCCAAGGCAGAAAGUUUUCCCCUUCUUUCCAUAUCACCACACACUGCUAGUGGAGGGACUAGUGCUGCCACUGAUGGAUAUAACAGCAGUGAAAAUGGGGAACAAGUGGAGAAGGAACAUACUGCAAGCCUCCCGUUGCCGUUGCCAGUUGCUGAGUGCAGCGCCACUUCAGAGGAAACAGAAAAUGCCUCGUCCUCAAAAGAAGUUUCAAGUGAGAAGAAUGAUCCAGAGGUUCAAUGGACUGCUUCAACAUCUGUGGAGCAAGUAAGGGAGCGAAGUUACCAGCGAGCUUUGCUUCUUAGUGAUCAUAGGAAAGACAAGGAUUCUGAUCCUGAUCCUGAAAAUUCUGAGUCCACAAGUGAAUGUCCGUCCCCAGAUACUUCUCUGAAGACUUGCAAGAGUCCUUCAAAAGGAAGCAAGACUUCUUCACUGAGUCCUGUAGUUCCUGCUCAGUCACUUGGGAAAACGCCCACAAAACAGGAUUCCCAGUGGGAGACUGCAGCUGACGCCCCAGAGGCUGAGAGCACAGCUCAUUUAAAGUGUGACCAGCAACUGAAGCCGCUGACAAAUAACACUGAAGCACUUUCGAAAAACCAUCAGUCCCAGCCUCACUUGCGCAAUGCAACUGAUCAACCUACGCAGAAACUCCCUUCUGCGCCUUUGAAGCUGCACUGUCCCCCUUCCCCUCACAUAGAGAAUCCCCCCAAAUCCUCUACGCCACACACCCCUGUACAGCACGGCUACCUUUCACCAAAGCCUCAUUCACAACCAUUAGGAUCGCCAUACAGACCUCAUCAUCCUCAGUCAUCACCUCAAGUGGGGACGCCUCAAAGAGAUUCUCACCGAAGCUUUUAUGCGGGAGCACAGAACCUCCAGCCUAGCCCCCAACAGCAGCCCAGCGGGACACUCUUUCCCCAAACACCGUCGGUCUCUUACAAUCAGUUCCACCAACAAAAUCUGAACACUAGUGUCCCUCCUCCACCUCCACCUCCGCCCCCUUCAAGCUCCACGUACUAUCAAAACCAGCAACCCCCCUCAGGAAACUUUCAAAAUUACAAUCAGUUAAAAAGUAGCAUACCACCCCAACAAACUGUAUUUUCCUCUGGACCAAAUCAAGCACUUGCUGGUACGACAUGCCAGCAACCUGUUUCGGGACAUCAUGUCACCAGUGGGCAUUUUUUGCCGUCUCAGACUCCCAGUCUCCAUCACCAGACUUCCACCAGUGCUCCACCACCCCCACCGCCGCCUCCUGCUCCAGGACCACACCUUGUGCAGCAGCAGCAAAAUACUCAUCAGCAGCACGCAGUGGCCCACGUCGUAGGUCCCGUGCAUGCAGUAGCAGUGGCCCCCGGGUCACACAUCCAUACUCAAGCUGCCGGGCAUCACCUGCCGCCGCCACCGCCUCCUCCCCACCAUCCUACUCACCCCACAACAAGCCACCAAGGUUUGCAAGCACAACACCAGCAUGUCGUAAAUUCAGCACCGCCUCCGCCGCCGCCACCCCCCUCCAGCGUGUUAAGCUCUGGGCAUCACACCACCUCAGCGCAAGGAUUGCACCAUCCACCUCAUCCAGGCCCCCCGCUUUUCCCUUCGAGCGCUCACUCAACGGUCACGUCCUAUCCCUCCCAGCCUCCUCAUCACACACCCUUGGGACCGGGCACUCAGCAUCAGCCUGCCGCGACGGGGCCUCUCUGUCCGCUCCCCGGCCAGGGUCCUCCUCACAUCCAGCCUCAAGGACCAAACAGUAUUCCGGCACCUUCCGCACCAGGGUUCUGCCCUCAUCCAGGCUCGGUCUCCCUUCCUCAUGGUGUGCAAGGACCUCAGCAGGCGUCUCCCGUGCCUGGGCAAAUCCCCAUCCACAGAGCACAGGUGCCGCCAACAUUUCAAAACAAUUACCAUGGUUCAGGGUGGCAUUAAAAAGGCCCCUUGCUUUUAAACAUUUUAAAAAUGUUCUGUAAAAACUGUAUAUUUCAUAUGUACCUGUUCAAGGUACUUUUUAAAGCUUGUACAUGAUAAUAUCUUUGUAAAAAAGCAAACACCAGUGCGCGCACGCUCUCUCGCAUUGUAUUUUUUCCAUUUUUGCUUUUAAAAAUUCCUGAAACUGUGCUGUCAAGCCAGUAUUAGGUAUUUUUUAUUUUGUACGUGAACAUUCCAGCUGUUUGUUCUGGCAGUAGAUUUGAUGCUGCAUAACUUUAAAUUUUAUUGUUGCAGUUAAAAUUCAUUUAGUGAAUGUUUUCUAUAUUUACUUUUUAUACAUAUGUAAUUAAAGUACACGGCUAAGUGAUGGCACUAACAGGUUUUUCAUCUGUCAGCGGUUUUUGUGUGCAUAUAGAUAGAAAAUGCAAUGCAGAUUUUUAUAGUUUCGUGUGGACAUGGCUCUUAUUUCAACAGUUAUUUGCAGACAUUGUAAUUUAAUGUAUAGAUUGUUUCUAAUGUCUCUGACAAGUGCUGUAAAUACUAUUUCUUUUGCGUGUAAAACUGCUUAAUGCUUCUCAUUUGAUAUAGUAUUGUACAUACGAGUCUUUUGCAAAAGCGUGUGAUCUUUGUGGAAGUAGUACAGUAUAUGAACAUUAAUUUUUUUUAAUAUACUGUCACAUUGCAGCACUGGUUGGGCAUUUUAAUUCAUGUUAAUAAAUCACAAUUAUGUCAGUUUUAACAA